UUUCAUCACAAAGUGAAUUUAUAACUUGGUUGAACGUGGAAAUCAUUUCUUUUUGUCGAUUUAACACAAACAUCUGUAGCAUUUUGUGAUCUUUUGUGACUCUUUAAAGAUGUCUAGAUCAAGUCAAGCUCACCGAAAUGUUAAAUAAUGUGUGUUUGAUAGAUAGAACAGUAUAACAGUUCACAGAAGCUAUAAGCCAUGGCUAUGCGUGAACUUGUUGAAGGAGAAUGUGGUGGUGCAAACCCUUUGAUGAAAUUUGUCUCCCAUUAUACUCAGGACAAGGCUUUGAAUGAGGCUGGUCUUAGAAAUCAUGUACCACCAAGCAGCAGCCAUACUCAGGAUCGCAAAGCUUUUCAUGAUGCAACAGAACAAGAGCUUGUUGGUGAAUACUUUCAUGAUCUGCAACAUCAUUAUGGUGCUCCGCAAACAUUUUGUAUGGACAGUUUGUUACAUGAAAUAAAUCAUGUAGAGUCACCAGAUUUGUUACAUCAUGCAAUGCCAGAUGACUGGACGGAUGAAUACCUCACCACAACUCAUGCUGGAGCGCAAGGCUGGAUUGAAGAAUAUAAUGAAGAUGAAGCUUGUGUGUACCCUGGUCAACAUGCAGCACAAGCAACUUUUCCAACAAAAUGGGCAUCUGAAUACCUUGAAGAUUUGAGACCAGUUGAAUUGGAUAAGGAAAUAAGUGAAGAGUUGAAUAGCAAAGAAUUACAAGAUGCUUCUGAUUCUCUUUUGGAUUGUGCUGAUGACCCCAGAUUUGCAAACUCCAAGUUUUUUAAAUUUGUAAAGAAAUUGAGCACUGGAGAGUAUUUGAUUGAAGAUAACAAGGUGAUAGAUGCUCAAACUGGUGAGGAAGUGAAGUCUGCAGAGGAGGCGGACCGCUGGGUGGACGAAUAUGAAGCGACAAUCUCAAGUGAUGAAUAUAAUCAAUGGUUAGGAGAAUACACAACAGGAGAGGCUCAUGAUGAUCACGGUCAGUCUGCAGUGGACCAGACAGUCAAGGCUGAUGGUGAUUUUUGGGGUAAACUUGAAGAGGAGUGGUAUCAUCUUGCAAGAGAUAAUAUUGAUGAUCAUCCAUGGUUGGCAGAAUAUACUUCUGAAAAGACAUACACGUUUGAGGAGGACAAUCCAAUGAUGGAUAUGCCAAAUCCUUUUGAAGAAGGACUAAAAAAACUAAAAGAAGGGGAUAUUAUUAGCGCUAUACUUCUUUUUGAAGCUGAGGUUCAACAACGCCCAGACCACGCUGAAGCGUGGCAAUAUCUGGGUACAAGUCAAUCUGAAAAUGAGCAAGAUAACCUAGCGAUUCCUGCUUUGAACAAAUGUUUAAACCUUCAACCUGACAACCUUGUCGCGCUCAUGACCCUGGCUGUCUGCUACACUAACGAGUCUCUCCAAUCACAGGCGUGCGACGCUCUGAAACUUUGGCUUAGUAGAAACCCAAGGUACAGCGGACUAUUGACUAACACAGUCACUGAAGAGCCUUCAGCUCGGAGCCCAACAUUAAAAAGUUCAAUGAUGUCAAACUCAAUGUACAACGAAGUACGAGAAUUGUAUAUCAAAGCUGCCCAACUUGCUCCUGAAAACGAUAUCGAUGCUGAAGUUCAAAUUGGUCUUGGUGUUCUCUUCAAUCUCUCGGGAGAAUACGACAAGGCAGUGGACUGUUUCCACGCUGCAUUACAAACCAACCCCCAUGAUGCUCUUGUCUGGAAUAAACUUGGAGCGACGUUAGCAAACGGCGGACGAAGCGAGGAAGCCGUUGAUGCAUACCGUCAUGCCUUGGAGUUGAGUCCAGGUUAUGUCCGCGCUCGCUAUAACCUGGGAAUUAGUUGUGUAAAUUUGAAGGUUUUUCGGGAGGCCGUUGAGCAUUUUUUAACAUCUCUAAAUAUUCAGAGAAAAGGUGCUCGUAACGGUCGUGACAACACCUCGACAAUGUCUGAGAGUAUUUGGACUACUUUAAGAAUGUCUUUAUCACUCAUGGGAAAACCUGAGUUUCACGAAGCUGUGGACAACAGAGAUUUAGAUUAUCUGAAUGAACAAUUUAAUAUACAUGUAAUAGAGGAACCAAGCUGAUUCGUCCAGCACACGCGCGUUCAAAUCGCGAUACAAGAGCUGAGAAAUGGUCGGCCAAAGAUUUUAGAAAUAAACAGAGAAAGAAAACAGCUGAAUAAGAGUCUCGUGGAUGGUUUAUAUUGUGUAUUUUACAUUUUACAAGACUGGGACACGUAUUUGUGGUAAUGAAAUCGACAACAUAUUUUUGCUGAACUACAAAAUAAAGUUUGGGCGCUAACUCGCUGUUCUUAUAUAUAGCUAAUCUUCUUUUAGAGCACUUGCGAGUUGCGAAACUCAUACAGUACAAACGAAGAACCGCUUUUUAAAAUGAACGAAUUCCGUGAUUUUCCGACGCGCUAAUUCAGUCUGCGAGCAGGCUAGUACUUUUAGUACGAUGGUCAAAGCUCUGUGCAUAUUAUGCUAAUUAACUCCUGCCGUGGGCCACCUCACUGGUUGAUUGCUCAACAGGAAGCUUAUUCACACCGUAUUGACUGUUUUAUUGAGUUACCCUGUUGACACAUUAGGAAACGGCGCUGGCAUGCAUGCGGCGUCGUACAGAUGAUGUCUAUCAUGUGCUGUUUUCGUUCUGUGUAAAUUAUUUCUAUUAAGAAUAGGAACACAAGUAAUACACAGAUCUUAUCCGCCAUGAGUAUCUUAUCCAAUUACAACAUAACAAUGAACAUAGUAAACAAUGUGACCACCAUUCAUUUCGAUCCAAGGAUACCACUGUUUAUCCAAUCAUGAAUAGUUUGCUUACCUGAGAGAGUUCAGCGUGUUCAU